AUGGCAGACACGAAGAAGAGGAAAGAUAUUUCUUCGUUGGCAAAGAGGAAACCCCGGACGAACGAUGAGUCUUUUGACGAGGACGAUUUAGACGACGGUAAAAUUUCCAACAAAGCGACGAAAAUCUCCGAUGCGCAGCAACAUCAGGUUGAACAAAUAGUAUUAAAAGCGAAACUGGAAUCGAAAGCGAGGUUAAAAUAUGCACACGCAACUGAUAACGAAUUGUGCGAACCGAAAAGAGACGGCCCAGAGGUGAACUUUCCAACGAGUAAAGAAGAGUACGAGGAGUUACGGCAACGACAUUCAAAAGCGGCGGCGAAAACAACAACGAAAGAAGAAAAAGAAGAAGAAGAAAAAGACGAAGAGGAAACGACGACGACGACGAAAUGGGUCCAAUCGUACGACCAGACGCAAGAGGAGUUUUAUUACUUCAACCCGCAAACGAGAGAGACGAGGUGGGAAGAGCCGGAGGAAACGACGAUUAAGAUUGUCAGAGACGAAAGCGCGUUGGCGGAACACAAGAAACGAGCGCUGUUCGCGAGCGUGAGUAAAGAAGAGUUGGAGGAGAUUGAGCGAGAAGCGAGAGGAGAGAUUGGGGGAUCCGGACGAGCAAAAUCGCCACCAUCUCCGACGGGUACGAGCGUCGUCGCGGCAAAUGCGCCGCAAAUGGGAUGGGAGUACGAAGACGAUUCUGGAAAUUGGCAAGGACCGUUCCAAACGGAACAGUUGCAAAUGUGGCGAGCGGCGUUGCCGAUGAAUUUGAAGGUGAGGCAACACGGAACGACAAAAAAGGAAUCUGAUGAGUGCACCUCGUUAGCUUUGUUAUUAGGUGACGCACAUUUAAGGAAAAGAUGCGAAGCGUUAGGUGCGGUAUUACCGUUGAGAUGUACGGCGGUAGAAGCGGAGCAGGUGAUGAUGGCGGCCAUCGCGGCGCGAGAUCGAAUCGCGAAAGAAAAUUUGAACGGGCUAGCCAGCGAUGAUGGAGAUGAAUAUGACGAAGGAGAAGAUAAAAAGAACAACGGCAUAGAAAAACUGAACCGAUGGGCGCAAGCUGCUUUGGAAGGUUUACCGGAAAACGACCGAAUAGAACAAGAAAAAAUAGCCAUGGAGAACGCGACAGGCGUGCGCUCAAGCGCGCGUAUCGACGCGAACGAUGAAGGCGAAGACGCGUCGGAACGGUUCGCCUCUGUUGGUACGUAUAACAAAGUCACCGGUCGCGUCACCGCCGAGGUCAACGAGCUCCUCCAACGGCGUCGCGCGGCUGGUCCACCCGGCGGCGCCGGCGCAGCGUACCGAAACAUUGGUUUAGAAAAUUACAUCGACCCGGCAAAGAUGGACGAGGCCAUGAGAGAGAUUCAAAAAGCUAGACACCAAAAGUUAUCGAGAACGGAAAUCGAAAAAAGAAAAGCGCGAAAGAAGGAGAUGAAAAAGAAACACGGCGAUAACUGGCUCCGCGAAGAUUGGGCCGACUGA